GACGAGUCGUGGUGUUAUUGCUCAGGAAUGCAGCUCGUCAACAGUCUCUAGCUAUCCUUGUUCCUCAGUUGGAGCGGUCGGCGGCUGAUAGAAGUAUCCCCCAGGCCGUACGUCACCUCGUCCUCAGCCGUAAAGCAACAGUAUGGCCACCGUGCAGUCGGCGUUGCUGCUCGCCGUGCAUGUUUUGGUGAUCUCCGAGUUCAUCCUGGCCAAGAGGGACUACUACGACGUACUUGGGGUUCCCAGAGACGCCACAGAACGCCUGAUAAAAAAGGCUUUCCAUAAGCUGGCCCUAAAGUACCAUCCUGACCGAAACAAGGGCCCCGAUGCAGAGUCCAAGUUCAGGGAGAUAGCAGAGGCGUACGAGACGCUCUCGGAUGAUAAGAGGCGGCGAGAGUACGACCAGUUCGGCCACGGCCCAUCGCCGGGGGAGGGCCGCGGCGGAGGAGGUGACUACAACUUCAACCAGCACUACCAGUCCUUCAACUUCGAUGACCUUUUCAAAGACGCUGACACUUUUGGUCAACACCGACACCAUUUUCACUCCCAAAAUCACGCCCACCACCAGGCACACUUUGACGGGCACUUCCAGGCCCACAGGGACGCUAUGAACAGACAGAAGAGACAGUUUCAGCAGGGGGGCUUUGGUGGGGGACUCUUUGAUGACAUGUUUGAGGACUUGGAGAAGAUGUUCUCCUUCAACACACACGGCUCCAGGACCGACGGCAGGUUCCAGGGCUCCGGGAAGCAGCACUGCAGGACAGUGACGCAGCGCAGAGGCAACAUGGUGACCACCUUCACGGACUGCUCCUGAGACGGCGCCCCAAAGAGCGCAGCCACUUUGGGCACUUUAGGACUUAUAUUAGUUGAGAUUUUGGAAUUGGAUGCUAAUUUAUCACUCGGUGGGAAAGAGAACGGUGUCGCCUGGUUUCAUGUAAUUCUCUGUGUGAUUUCGUCGGAACAAAAAUUUAAGCUGACCUGAUAAAGGGCUGCUUUCAAGCAAUAACUCACUCGAGUUGUUACGCAUAAGCACAGGGCAUCAUUUAGCUUUCCGGAUUCAUUUUGUUUACGUAUAAAGGUACAAUCUAGCUAUGGCCUAAGGUUAAAAGAUCAUUUUAUUUCUUCAUUUUCUUUGAGAGCAAUUCAAGUUAUCACCGUAGCAUUUGUUCUACAUCUAAUCAGGCCAUACUAUUGUGCUCACAUUAUAUGAAAAACACAGGCUCAUCCAAGCACAGUGUAUUCAGGAUUUGAGCAUUUUCUCUCUUGGUUUGUAUUAUCCAGUGUUGCAAAAAAAAAAAAAAGGUCUCGAAUUGAAAUAUAUUAUUAUCCAAUAUUUUUCUUAAAACUUAGCUUCACAUCCUGAAAAGUGUGCAAUUUGGCCACCAUCAACUGUUACCUCGUUUUGUCUCUCCUACAGCGUUUCACCCACCUUCAGUCAGGGCAGGAGGUUAACACCAGUCCUGUGAAAUGUGCUGGUGAACUUUUGUUUUCUCUCAGCUGUUUGGUAACCGGUUGUUUGCAGGGUUACAAAAAGCCUGGGGUCAUAAACCAGCACAGCUGACUAAUAUGAGAAGUUUCUUAAACUGAUCAUUAUGUGCAAUAAUCGGCACCUUUGCCCAUCUUUCAUAGAGAGUGCUUAGUUGAUGUCUUUGUCGUUAUGUCUGCACUUUGUGUGAGUGUGUGUGUGUGUGUGUGUAUUGAGUGUGGCCUAAAUUAGUUUGGUUGCAUAAUGUUUCGAGAAUGAAUAAAAAAGUUUCAAAAGCAAAUUUCUGUUUUGUGCUGCGACCGGAAAUGUGUUUAAUGAGCAUUAAAUUGCAUCAGUCUUUGCAGACUACACUUUCUAUUGUAAAUCCAACUGUUGUUCUGACUAAACACCAGCAGAGAGCGUACUGGCACAACACAGGUUCAGGAUAACACAGACCGACCACCUGCAGAAGGGAACAGCCUCUAAGGGGGAGGAAGCUGACAAAAUGUAUGUAUCGGUAGAAAGAAUACUAGUAGGAACCACAGCAAAAGGUGUUAUGCUACAGUCGAUCAAACCGAGGGGAAGUUAAUGC